AUGACGCGCCGACUGCGAUCCAGUCGCAAAGUAUCCCUCAAACUGGAUGUUGACGUGGACGACACGGCCAGCCCGGAGGCCCGUCUCGACCAGCCGGUUCAAUUCAUCGCGUCUGCGGCGACUCUUGCUAACCCGCUCAUCAUCCGCAACCAGUCUCCCUUACCAGGUAUCAACGGCGUCGAUUUACAGCUGUUGCGCACGAAACAGCAUCGCCUACGGCAAUCGGCCUCUCUGACCGCGGAAGCCACCCACGCGCUGGGCCGGCCGGCCAUCCAAGGACUGGCGUCGACCCUGAUCUUUGCCCAGCAUGAAGCUGGCACAGCAGUCUGUAUUGAUGCGCGUGGGUGGGUGCUCACUUGUGCGCAUUGCUUCGGUGAGACACCACACGAAUGGCAGGCGCAGCGCCGCAAAUGGCUCCUCUAUUAUACCGGACUCGCGGUACAGGUCGAAUGUCGGGUUUGGGAGGCGCGUCGCGAUCUGGCCUUGGCAAAGGUGGUAUGCAUCGAACUACCAGACGAGCACAGGCUUCGUGGCCCAGCAAGCCCCAUAUUUACGUUUGUUCCCCUUGGUACAUCGCAGUCGACCUCCGCUCCGAUCAUCUGCAUUGGACAGCCGGGAGCCGACGACCUCGAGUCGGACGCGCCCCGCAAAACGGCGUAUGACCUGAUUGAAAUCUCCCGGGGUCGGCUGUGUGGCAUGAUCCCCAACACCGACCCGCAGGAUAAUUCGGAGAUUGGGGCUUUGAAACACAAUGCGUGGACCUACUGGGGUCAUUCUGGGGCACCGCUUCUGCUGACAGUAGAUGGGAGCUUGCUCGGACUGCAUUCCUCAUGGGAUGACACCACCGCGAUGCGUCAUGGCGUGCCGCUGGUUGCGAUCCAGGCCUUUCUCCGAGAGCAUCUCCCCAACGACGAAGUCAGUCUCGUGGAGUCGAACGCAGUGAACAUGGAGAAGGAGAUCAUAGUGAUAGAUAGCUCUGAUUGA